AUGUUUCACAGCUUGUUUCCUUGAAAUGGACUGGAUUGGAUUUGGUUAUGCUGCAACCAUUGUUUUUGGAGGAUUUAUGGGCUACAAAAGAAAAGCCAGCGUCAUGUCCCUGAUAGCCGGUUUGGUUUUUGGUGGAUUGUCUGCUUAUGGAGCUUAUAACAUUUCCAAUGAUCCAAAGAACAUCCAGGUGUCUCUGCUUGCUUCUGGAGUUCUCUCAGUUGUGAUGGGACUGAGAUACAAGAAGUCUGGGAAACUGAUGCCRGCAGGCAUUAUUUCAGGGCUGAGUUUAUUGAUGGUGUUCCGCCUUUUGCUCCUGGUCGUGGUGUGAGAACAAGCUUUAAAGGGAACUUUAAGUCUGUGGCUCUGGAAUAAACGAAGAGGAUUUCUUCUUUUACCUGAGUUUUUUACAUGAAUUAGUCCUUGGUUGAGAGGAUUAAGCAUGUAUCCACAAAAUCAGAUGUUAAGCUAAAAACUUUUACAGAACAAAAAAAGCAUUUUAAUGAAAGUAUUAAAUCUGUCACAUGUUUUCUUAAUGUUGUGUUUGGGAUUUUGUACUGACGUAAAAUCUAAUUAAACAGAUUUAAUUUACA